CGUAGCAAAAGAGAGGUUCUCUCCCCUCACGACCAACCUGAUCAAUUUGCUUGCUGAAAAUGGUCGCUUAAACAAUACCCAAGGAAUUGUUUCUGCCUUUUCUACCAUGAUGAGUGUCCACCGCGGAGAGGUGCCUUGCACAGUGACCACUGCAUCUCCUUUAGAAGAAGCCACACUCUCUGAAUUAAAAACAGUCCUGAAGAGCUUCCUAAGUCAAGGCCAGAUACUGAAAUUGGAGGUUAAGACUGAUCCGUCAAUCAUGGGUGGAAUGAUUGUGCGCAUUGGAGAGAAAUAUGUUGACAUGUCUGCCAAGACCAAGAUUCAGAAGCUGAGCAAGGCUAUGCGGGAGGUUAUCUGAAAGUGGUGUUCUUCUGCCAUCAGUGAAAAUUCUUAAACUUGGAGCAACAAUAAAAAGCUUCCAGAACAGAAAAAAAAAAAAAAAAAAAAAA